AUGCAGGCCUUGAGAAAAGCCUUAUGGCCUCGAACUCUUUAUAGGAGCCUAAUUUCAGACAUAUCGAAAAGACACCUAUCUAUUACGUUCCGAGGAAAAUCCAUUUCCAAAGAGGAGCUGUUCAAAUACACAAAUGGCCGAUUUCUUUCCGAGGAAGACCGCCAGCUUUCCAAGCGCUACGUUCGUUUUGAUGUUGACCGGUUAUGUGAUGUGAUCGCAAGCAUCCCCGGGGCUGGGCCAUUGCAGGUUUCGAAGAUAGAGAAGAUGGAGGGUGGGUUCAGCAAGGCUCUCCUUGUGACAACCGCAGAUGGCUCGGAAUUCAUCGUCAAAAUUCCGUGUCCGAAUGCAGGAAGGCCUAUGUACUGCACAGCAUCCGAGGUUGCGGUCUUAGCAUGGAGUGCCGAUUCAACCAACCCGGUAGGCGCUGAGUAUAUUGUGAUGGAGCGGGUCCCUGGUGUCCAGAUCUUUAAGAAAUGGGAUGAAAUGGGAGAGAGCAAUCGGAUAUCGAUCAUUAAACGUCUCCCUGAAUAG